AUGCAAGCGAAAAGAGCGACGCGAGACGAGUUUCAAGCAAGAUCAACGACGUUACGACUGCUGCUCAACGAACACGCUCGCGUUCGUCAGAUCCCGGAAGGGGUUGGAAAGCAUUCAAGGCGCAUCGAUAAGGCAUUGCCGGGCAAGCACACCCGCAAGUUGUACGACGAGCUAACAAGAAAGGAAUCCGAAGUGUUGAUACAACUUCGAACUGGCAAAUCGCCGCUGAAAUGCUACCUCUGCAAAAUCGGGGCGGUGGAAUCGGAUGAGUGCACUUGUGGGCAGUCUGCAGAAACGGUGGAGCAUUUCCUCUUUCGAUGCAGAAGAUGGACGGUACAACGAGAGACCAUGCUGCGAUAUGCGCGCGGAAAGGCGGGAGACUUGUCUUUCUUCCUAGGAGGCAAGGCAGAGUCAGGCGACGACAAGUGGCAACAUGAUAGUGGGGCUGUGCGUGCGACGAUACAGUUCGCGUUGGCGACAAAACGCUUCAGUAUGGACCGUUAA